AUGGAAGUAUUCAUGGACCAUUCGAGUCGCUCCUCAAACCCCGUGAAUCACCAAAUGAAGAAAGAGCGUAGUGUCCACAGAAAGCCAGAGUGGCAAAAGAGUGCUAUCAGAACUUGUGGAUACUGGUCUGAACAGCUAAGCUCCAAGGGGAAAAUUUACUUCUACAAUUGUAUGACGGAAGUUUCACAAUGGCAGAAACCACCAGAAUGGAAUUUACCGGAAAUGAACAGGAGGGACCUUCUCAGGCUGCUGAGUGAACGGAAGCACAAUGAAGAAAAUAAUCUCAAAAGACCCCAUGCGACUUCAGAAACUGAAUCCGGAGCCGUGAAAGGUGAUCGUUCGCUUCCACCUACCGAGUUUAAACGAACUAAGUUUUCAUACAACUCGGAAGUUCGACGGCCAAGUUCAUCACAUUUGGAUACCGCUGUAACCAAUCAUGCGGGUGAUGCACGUUACAUCACAGAAGUGUUACAUGGUGACGGGAAAAGUCAUGUUAGUCGCUCAGGGUUUUUUGAUUCGCGUUACGACCUUUUGAAAAAGACCAAGCAACAACACAUGCCAUCCAGGACAUCUACAACUGACGAUAUGGAGAUAUCUCCAAAUAGCUCUCCGUUAUCAGACGGCAGCUCUACAAAGUUUCCGACUGAGAGGAGAAUAUCUCCACAGCGAUCAAUUUUAGAGAAUUCUUCCCCGAGUACUUUUGUUUCCAGCGUCCCAAGACCUGCCAGUUAA